AUGUCUCCGGACACCAAUCUUGGGCGCUAUGAUGUGCCAACAGCCGACACCAUGAUGAACUCUGCUCAUAAAGAGAGAGAACCAGAGCUUCAUAUAGAGUUUGAUGGCACCACGGUAUUGUGCCGUGUCUGCGGUGACAAGGCUAGUGGAUUCCAUUACGGCGUGCAUUCCUGUGAGGGAUGCAAGGGCUUCUUCCGCCGCUCCAUCCAGCAGAAGAUCCAAUACAGGCCCUGCACUAAAAAUCAGCAGUGCUCCAUCUUAAGAAUUAACAGAAAUCGGUGCCAGUACUGCCGAUUGAAAAAAUGUAUCGCCGUUGGAAUGAGCAGAGAUGCUGUCCGAUUUGGACGUGUACCAAAACGCGAAAAAGCGCGCAUUUUAGCGGCGAUGCAACAAUCUUCAUCGUCUCGUGCGCAAGAACAAGCAGCAGCCGCAGAGUUAGAUGAUGCUCCACGGUUGCUGGCGAGAGUGGUACGCGCUCAUCUCGACACCUGCGAGUUUACCCGCGACCGCGUGGCCGCUAUGCGCGCACGUGCUCGUGAUUGUCCCACCUACUCUCAACCCACUUUGGCUUGUCCGUUAAAUCCAGCGCCGGAAUUGCAGUCUGAGAAGGAAUUUUCUCAAAGAUUCGCUCACGUUAUCCGUGGCGUGAUCGACUUCGCUGGCCUCAUACCUGGAUUCCAGUUACUCACUCAAGACGACAAGUUCACAUUGUUAAAGAGUGGUCUUUUUGACGCAUUAUUUGUGCGGCUUAUUUGUAUGUUUGAUGCUCCUCUGAACAGUAUAAUAUGCCUAAAUGGACAGCUAAUGAAACGUGAUUCUAUCCAGAGUGGAGCUAACGCACGUUUUUUGGUAGAUUCUACAUUUAAGUUUGCUGAACGUAUGAAUUCCAUGAAUUUAACAGAUGCAGAAAUAGGCCUUUUCUGCGCCAUAGUUCUAAUUACCCCGGAUCGCCCAGGUCUUCGUAAUAUUGAAUUAGUAGAAAGAAUGCACGCCAGACUGAAAGCGUGUCUACAGACCGUCGUUACACAAAACAGACCUGAUAGACCCGGUUUCCUACGUGAACUAAUGGACACUCUGCCUGAUUUACGUACAUUGAGUACGCUUCAUACAGAAAAACUUGUCGUUUUCCGUACGGAGCAUAAGGAAUUGUUACGGCAACAAAUGUGGGGUGAUGAAGAAGGAUGCUCCUGGGCGGACUCGGGCGCCGAUGAGUCUGCUCGCAGUCCUAUUGGAUCAGUUUCUAGCAGCGAGUCUGGUGAAGCUGUAGGAGACUGUGGGACGCCAUUACUCGCUGCAACACUAGCUGGACGCCAAAGGCUUGAUUCUCGGGGCUCUGUGGACGAGGAAGCCCUCGGUGUAGCUCACCUGGCUCACAACGGGCUAACAGUGACAGCAGUGCGCCCUCCACCACUUUAUCGUAAACUGGACUCCCCUACCGACUCCGGUAUUGAGUCUGGAAACGAAAAACAUGAAAGAAUUGUUGGUCCCGGCUCAGGCUGCUCGAGUCCGCGGUCGUCGCUAGAGGAACAUUUGGAGGACAGACGACCACCUGCCCUCGCUGAUGAUAUGCCUGUUUUAAAGCGCGCAUUAGAAGCACCGCCAAUAACGCGCCCGCCUUUCGAUGUGCCACGUCCACGCUCUCUAAUGGAAGAAGCGUACAAUCGUCAUAAAAAGUUCCGUGCUAUGCGCCGUGAUACGGGUGAAGCCGAAGCGCGAGCUGUGCCGCUAACUCCGUCGCCACAGCCGCCUCAGCAUCCGCACCCAGCGAGCCCCGCCCAUCCGGCGCAUUCGCCACGUCCUCUGCGGGCAUCUCUCUCAUCGACACACUCUGUGCUGGCUAAGAGUCUGAUGGAGGGCCCCCGAAUGACGCCGGAGCAACUGAAACGCACGGACAUCAUCCAGCAGUACAUGAGGCGCGGCGAGGUGGCAGGCGCGAGUGGCGCGAGCGAGGGUUGCCCGCUGCGUGCCGGCGGCCUGAUCACCUGCUACCGCGGCGCGUCCCCGGCGCCCGAACCCGUGCUGGAGCUGCAGGUGGACGUCGCAGAUGCACCACUCAACCUCUCCAAAAAGUCGCCAUCACCACCGCGCUCCUACAUGCCACGCAUGCUGGAGGCG